AUGCGACAAUGCCGGGCAUCGGGGGCUCUCAAAAUCCAACAUGGGUUGCUGGUCACGCGUCCUUGUCGACAGACAAUUCUGGCCCGAAAAUACAACAAUCUCGCGCAAAAGCUUGAGCAGCCGACUCAACGAACAGAUCAGGCACCACCCAUUCCUUCGUCGUCGUCGUCGACUUCGAGCACGAGAUACGAGCUACCAACCGCAGCCGUGAAGGAUGCGUUACCUCGUCGAACGGAACAGGCCAAAUCGAAGACUGUGGAUCCGUACACCCUCCUUGCGCCUCAAUUGACGGUAGUUCGAACAAAUCUACUCGGUCUGCUAGGUUCAGCGCACGAGGGCCUCACAGAAAUCGCGCAAUACUACUUCCUACACCCCUCAAAACAACUCCGACCACUACUCGUGCUCCUGUUCUCGGCGGCGACAAAUGGAGUGGGGAGGGGAUGGGACGCGAAACGGUGGGCUGCGGAAUGCGAGGGCGCUGGUGGACGGGGCGAGGAACUGGAUCAGCCACUAUCCCGACCGGACGUGCUGAACGACUGGAACCCCAACAUGCCUGACCACACACGAAGCUUCGACACCGUAUUUGAGCUACGACCGCCGAUAUCUCAUACGCCUCGAAUACAACUCCCUCCCGACUUCGCUUCAGCUUCAGCUCCUGGUCUCAGCCAGUCCCUGACUUUGCUGCCAACUCAGUUGCGGCUGGCCCAAAUCGUCGAGAUGAUUCACGUCGCGUCUCUGCUGCACGACGACGUGAUAGACAAGUCCCCUCUCCGUCGCGGCGCUGCCUCUGCUCCGUCUGCGUUUGGUAACAAGCUCACGGUUCUCGGGGGCGACUUCCUCCUCGGACGCGCGAGUACGGCCCUAUCGCGCCUCGGGGACAACGAAGUCGUUGAGCUUAUCGCUAGCGUCAUCGCGAACCUCGUAGAAGGCGAAAUUCUGCAACUGCGGGAGGUGAUCAAAGCUAGCGCGGACGGAUCAUCUAACGCAAAUGUCGCGGCGGCGAUGGCUGAUUUCCCCGCGAAGGUAGAUGUGAGCAGGGAGGCUUGGGGGAUAUAUCUGAGGAAGUCGUACAUGAAGACGGCUAGUCUGAUGGCAAAGGGCGCGAGGGCUGCAGUAGUGCUGGGUGGCUGCAAGGAAGGGGAAGUCUGGAAGGAGGUGGCAUAUGCUUACGGGCGGAAUAUCGGCAUCGCAUUCCAACUGGUGGACGAUAUUCUCGACUACGCAGAAGGGGAAAGCACGAUGGGCAAGCCAGGGGGUGCUGAUCUGCAGUUAGGAUUGGCCACGGGGCCAGCGCUGUACGCAUGGGAAGAAUUCCCGGAGAUGGGCCCUCUGAUAAGCAGGAAGUUCAAAGAAGACGGUGACGUUGAGUUGGCGCGCGAGCUGGUGAAGAGGUCUGCUGGGGUCGAGCGUACACGCGACCUUGCGAUGCAGUACGCCAACAAAGCCCGCGAAGUGCUACAGUACCUCCCCGAGAGCGACGCACGAGUUGCGCUGGAGGUGCUCACUGACCGUGUCGUGAAACGGACGCGGUGA